AUGCCCGACAUCAUCGAUGACAAGUCAGAGCACUGCAUUCCCUUCAUUCUCGAGCGCUUGAGGCUGCACCGUGAGCAGUAUGAGAGCCGGGGAGAGACGCCCCCGCCUUUCUUCUUGGGAUUGAAUGGGGUUCAAGGUGCCGGCAAGACGACGUUGGUGUCGACUCUCAGCAAGACUCUCUCGUCCCCGCCUCACUCGCUUCCCACAGUCGUGCUUUCCAUCGACGACCUCUACCUCCCGCAUGAUGCGCAAGUAGCUCUGGCAGAGUCCCACCCGGACAAUCCUCUUGUUCAACACAGAGGUGUACCCUCCACCCACGAUAUCCAGACUGGCGUCUCUCUGUUCGAAGCCCUCGCCAACCGUAAAGAAAACAUUAAAAUCCCGAGCUAUGACAAGAGCCAGUUCAAUGGCGCUGGUGAUCGAAGGCCAGAGUCUGAGUGGGAGACUGUUAACAAGACCGGUGAGAAGCCAGUAGGAGUCAUAGCCUUCGAAGGGUGGUGCGUUGGAUUCAGAGCGCUCAAAGAUGAUGAAGUAGAGCGAAAGUGGAAAGAUGCAAAACAGCAAGCAGAAAAGGGCGAUGGCAGUUACAAGGGCCGGUUAGGACACCUGAAGCUUGAAGAUGUGCUCUUCAUAAACUCGAAACUGAGAGAGUACGAUGCUCUGACGGAUCGAUUCGGGGCAUUCAUGCACGUUGAUGCCGAAGACACACUUUACGUAUAUCACUGGAGAGAACAACAAGAGGCAGCUAUGCGAGCCGAGAAGGGGACUGGCAUGAGCCAAGAGCAAGUGAUCGACUUCGUGAACGGCUACUACCCUUGCUAUGAGCUGUACACGGACGUAUUGCGGAAGGGCAUUUUCGGAGACGAGAAAGGCAAACAAUUGCGCCUGGUCGUUGCCUUCAAGCACCUCGACCUCGACGGUCACGAUCUGCCACCUUCGCCCGCUCCGUCGAGCCCCUCCAACGGCCGCAAGUAUGCUCUGGCCACUGAGCUGGUCUACACCGAGAGCAACGACCAGUACAAUGCCAGCAGCGUGCCUAUCUACCAGUCGGCGACCUUCAAAGGUGGCCCCGGCCAAGAGUAUGACUACACUCGCAGUGGGAACCCAACCCGGACACAUCUCGAGCGCCACAUGGCCAAGAUCAUGAAUGCCAACCGUGCUCUGGUGGCAGGUUCAGGUAUGGGCGCUCUCGAUGUCAUCACUCGAGUCUUGAAGCCUGGCGACGAGGUCGUCACUGGAGAUGAUCUGUAUGGUGGAACCAACAGAUUGCUCACGUACUUGAAGGAGAACAACGGCAUCAUUGUGCACCAUGCGGACACUACCAAGUUAGAUGUCGUCAAGAGCACCAUCACCGAGAAUACCACCAUGGUCCUGCUCGAGACACCCACCAAUCCGUUGAUCAAGAUCGUGGACAUUGCGGGCAUUUCAACCAUUGCUCACGAGGUCAGCACCAAAAUCAUCGUUGCGGUGGACAACACCAUGCUCUCGCCAUAUCUGCAGAACCCACUCGAUCUUGGCGCAGACGUCGUGUAUGAGUCUGGCACCAAGUAUCUGAGCGGACACCACGAUGUCAUGGCCGGUGUCAUUGGUGUUAACGAUUUACAACUCGCCGACAAGUUCUACUUCAUGAUCAACUCGACUGGUUGUGGAUUGGCGCCAUUUGACAGCUGGCUGCUUCUGCGUGGCAUCAAGACGCUUGCUGUUCGCAUGGAGAAACAGCAAGCCAACGCUGAUGCUAUCGCCAACUUCCUCGAGUCUCACGGAUUCAAGGUUCGCUACCCUGGCUUGAAAUCUCACCCUCAGUACAAGCUACAUUGGUCCCAGGCGCGCGGCGCUGGCGCUGUGCUGUCAUUCGAGACGGGCUCAAUCGCACUUUCAGAGCGCAUUGUGGAAUCUACCAAGCUAUUUGGCAUUUCGGUCUCUUUCGGCUGCGUCAACUCGCUGAUCUCCAUGCCUUGCCGCAUGAGCCACGCGAGCAUCGACCCAGCCGUGCGCAAAGAGCGCGCCAUGCCCGAGGACAUAAUUCGACUGUGUAUCGGCAUUGAGGAUUUGGACGAUUUGAAGGACGAUCUAAGCCAGGCAUUGGUGCGAGCUGGAGCGGUCAAGCUUACGGAUAAUGGUUUCACGGCAUUGAUCGCUGAUGCACUCGAAGCAGCCGGUGAGACUGGCAGAACCACGCAGGUUACUGACGAGCCAUGA